CUGCGCCCGCAAGGCUUUCUCCCCACUCCUCUCUUGUCGUCGAUCUGAUCUGCUUGUCGUUAAUAUUGUUGGUAUCGUCUCUGUUCCACCGGUAAUACCUGCCAUCCUGCUCCAUCACUUCACGAUCGCGCCCUCAACUCAGCGGAGGACCUGUCACAAAACGUCGUGAAGACGCCCUUGCCCAGCCAGCCGCACGAUCGGCUCUCCACCUGCUACCGCAUUCAUCCUUGGAUCAGAGACUGAAAGCUUGAAAAGAAGAGAGACUCUAUCAGAUAAUAGAGAUUGUGAUAAUGGGCUUCGCCCAGAUAGCUCAGAGCUACUCGCAGAAAUGCAAAAUCGUAGCCCACGUAUUUCAAGUCCUCUUUAUCUUCGUUGCAGGAUGCAUCACUCUCGCCAUCCUCACAAAAGGCGGCUACGUCGGCGGUGGCACCAAGUACUUUCUGGCAUUGUGCUUAUUGUCCGUCCCUGCGUUGUUAUAUCUAGUGAUGGUGCCCAUGUGGCAGCGAACAGUACGAUUCGCCAAUGUAUGGGCCUUUAUUAGCAUCGACGCCUUGUAUACCAUCCUAUGGCUCGCCGCCUUCAUCUCAGUCGCCAUGUACAACUCAGCGGGAAUAAGACAGGGCGCAAAAGACGCGAAUCUCGACGAGAACGACGGCAACUGCACGACGUUUGCAUACGGCUCGGAGGGAAAGUGCAACAUAUCACGCGCAACAGUAGGCCUGGGCGCUGUCGUCUUCGUCCUAUUCCUCAUCACGACUGGCAUAUCUGCAUACUGGGCGCAGCACUUCCACAAAACGGGCGAGUCUCCAUUUGCGGGCAUGGCCGGCGGCGUGGGCCCGAACGGACGCACCCAAGCCCCAGAUUUCGAAGCACAGAAGACUGAUAAUGCCGAUGGAGCCCACGAAUGGUCCGCAGACAUGAACGACCACGGAAGGACAAGCGACGAAUACAUGCUCAAUACUUCGACGAUAGAUGAGACGCAUCCAGGACGCCCCAUCGAUUGGAGCAAUGUUGACGACGACACUACGUAUCACAGCCCGGCUGGCGCUGGUGUUGGCACAUAUCGCAAACCUACCGCUGUUGACACGACCGAGUACAGCGGCUAUCAGGAGCCUAGUGCGCUAAGCCCCGGCGGAUAUGAGGACUAUAGACGCAGCGAUGUUCCGGCUCACACGGCCGACGACCGAGACGAGUCACAAGGGUACAAUGGAUACGAGAGAUAUCGGGACGAGCAGCAGAGGAAACAAUCACAGGGUGGGGGAUACAGCUUCAGCUGAAUGGUCGUGGCUCGGUCGAGCUAAAGUUGAUUUCUGUAAUGGAUAUUGUACAGGCGUACCACGACGGAGUUCUGGGCAAAUUUUGGCAGCUCGGGGCAACCAUCUCAGCCUAGCGAUGUAUUUUCCAAGAUAUUUCAUUGAAGAUGUUGAC